AUGGGGUUGUCGGGGAAGCGCGUGGAGCAGACGUCUCCGUACAUCGACAUGGUGCGUAAAGACUCGCUCAGCCUGCAGGUGGAGUUUGUGAAGGUGAACAUCUCGCGUUGUCGUAAGACGCACGAGCCGGCGUCGACUAACAGCAGCAGCGUAGAGAGCGGCAUGUCGCGCUCGCCACCCGCAGCAAAGACACGCGCCAUCGUACGAUUCUCAGCCGUCUGUGACAUCGGAUCCGCGUCGUUUAAGUACGACAUGCGGCGGCUGACUGAGAUCCUCGCGUUCCCGAAGGCCUGGUAUCGUCGCAACAUCGCGCGGCGCAUGUUCCUAGGGGACCAGAGCGUCGAGUGGGGGGCGCUGGAUAGCUCGCUCGCUGAACCAGAGGGUGACCUUGGACCAGUGUCGGACGGCGUGGCGGACGGCUCGGCAGCGUUGACCUUGAUCAGGGGCAGUCUGCAUCGUCGCGGCGGCUCGGACAUCCCGCGGACCACCGACGCUCUCACCGCAAUGCAUGACCAGCAGCUGCUGCGACGAAGCUACCCCGGGCUUCCCUUCAUCCAGGGUUUCCUCUUCAUCCAGGGUUCACGCAAAGCAGCGCACCCACACACAUCACACAGCCAAUACAGCCCUGCGACGCCGCUACCAUGUCCACCAGGGGGCGGCCGCGGCUCACACGUCGAUCUCGCGCUGGUGGCGAAGGCACAUAACUGA